AUGGUAGCUGAAGUGCUAAGUAUAGUGGCGGACGUGGAGCAGACGGUCGGCAAGACUGUGGCAACUUGCCAAUUGAAAGCUUCAGUCGACAGCGUCUCAAGCCAUACAAUAUUCGGUGCUUACUCGCGUCUUGAAGGACUAGCUCAGGGACAAGCCGGUGUCAUCUCCUUGGCGGCUCCGACCGGAAUCCUUCCCACAGGAACUUUUUGGGAGAUCGGUUAUGGCUGGGAUGACCCGCUUGUUGAGAAAGAUGUCCAAAAAUGGAAUACGAUCGCGCAGGAUUAA